AUGAAAGAUGUAUUGAAGGAGUUGCCUUCAAUAAACACUAGAUCGACACCUGGAUUGAUGACAGAUGUUGUAAGUUCGUUGAUGUCAGAACAAAAAGAUUGGGUGAAACGGACGGGAUUUAAAGCAUUUUUGAAGAUCAACAUGAAGAGUAUUCCCUUAAAACUUUGUCAUUUUGUGCUUGAGCAUUGUGAUGAAGGCACAAACAGUAUUCUAAUUAAAGGAAAAAUAAUAAAGAUCACAAAGGAAAAAAUUCAUAAAGUAUUUGGUUUACCCAAAACUGGAAAAAGCUUAUUUAACUUAGACAUGGUUAGCGAAGAUCAUCAAGUGUUUGAUGGAUCGAUGAAGGAACUUGAAGGUGGAAAGGCACAUGCAACAAACUACAAGAAGAUUAUUCAAAAAUCUGAAUAA